UUCUUCCAUGGCUUUGGUUUACUUGUCAUCAAUAUCGGAUCGAUCAAAUUCAAACAGACAAUUGUAUGCAUGAGAAAAUUCGACUUUGAAGAUUUCCUGGCCGCCAUUGAAAAGUACAAAAUCCGGUAUCUGUUUGCGGCGCCUCCAAUUGUCAUUAGGAUGGCCAAGCACCCCAGUGUGGCAAAAUACGACCUAUCUUGUGUGGAAACCAUCAUGUCAGCAUCAGCCCCACUGGGGAGUGAUUCAGAAGAGGAACUGGAGGCGCGUCUUGGGACGUGUAGUCUGACACAAGGUUAUGGAUUAACAGAAACUGGUCCUUUCUGCUCCUUGCCACCACUUUCAAGACACUUAAGGCGACCAGGAGCGUCUGGAGUUUUAGUCCCAAAUACAGAGUGCAAGGUGGUGGACCCAAGCACGAAGAAGGAACUUGGUCCGAACCAAGAUGGUGAACUAUGGUUCCGAGGCCCUCAAGUUUUCAAAGGCUACUUGGAUAAUCCUGUCGCCACCGCGGCCACCUUGGACAAGGACGGCUGGAUACACACCGGUGACAUUGGACACUACGACGAGGAUCAGUACUUAUAUAUCAAGGACCGUAUUAAGGAGAUGAUCAAGUUCAAAGGGUUCCAGGUGGCGCCAGCAGAGCUAGAGAGUGUCUUGGUAACCCACCCAGCGGUGGAAGACGCGGCGGUAGUGGGUCGACCUGACCAAGAGGCUGGAGAAUUGCCCAUGGCGUUUGUGGUUCUUAAGUCUGGUAGAAUGACCACUGAGAGGGACAUCAUGGACUUCUUGGCAGAAAAGGUGUCUCCUUACAAGCGUUUGCGGGGUGGAGUGGUAAUUGUGAAGUCGAUCCCUAAGACUGAGAGCGGGAAAAUUCUGCGGCGUUUUCUUCGAGCCGGAUUAAGGGAGAGAGUUGAGAAAAUGAAAGCGAAACUGUGAGGAAUUCGUCGUUGCACUUCCAAGAGAUAAUUUAAGAUAAUUUAAGAUGAUUAACAGAGCCACAGAUAUCAAGGACACAUAUCAUUGCGUAUUAGUCAUAUCAUAGAAAACAUAGUCUGCUGAGAUAUUAUUUCCUAAAUAUUUGAAGUUAAUCAGUAAUGGUCCUGUGGUUGGGGAAUAUGUUUAUUGACUUGUCAUUUGCUUGCUCGAAGUAAGCUGUCUCUUACGGGCUACAUAAUGACACACACCAAACUUUCUGCAAAGAAAUCUGUCAUACCAAUUUAAUCAAAGUAUCGCAUCAUUGUGCUACACAUCCGUGCGUGGUAAUUGCCAGCUACUUGGUACCUUACUGACAGUCGUUGGAGACACGCAAUGUUUUUUUUUUUUCGCUUUUUUUUUUGUAGUAGUAGUAGUAGUACUCAAGUGCCAACUAGCGAUGAUUAAUAACCCUGAUAUACAGCACCCCUCCCCCCCCCAAAAAAAAAAAAAAAAAAAAAAUUAUGCAGACGCCCUAGCACAUAUAUACUUCCUUACUCCGAUGUCCUUGCUGUCAAGGUUGGGGACACAAUACUGCCGGUAGUCUCACAUUUGAGUUGUGAUUAUUGCCCUGAUAAAUGUAACUAGUAGCGAACACAGCAGUACAUGGCGUUAUCAGACCAUUAAUGAAAAACAUUAUAAUCUCUCGGUUAAUUAUAGCUUAAUGGUACCGGGGAGCUUGGAGAAUUACGAGCAAAUUCUUGUUUAUAUAACAUAUAAAUAAAGCAUAUAAGAAUACAGCAUAUAAAUGUUGAUAUAAAAUACUACCUUAUUAGUUCUUAGAGACACAGAACGCACAUCUUUCAUACCAAAGGAAAGACAAGUCACACACACACACUCACACACACACACACACACACAUAUGGUUAAACAGGAUAUUGCUUGACAAUAGGUACAUUCCAGCCGGCAGUAAAGUCAGUAAACCCAGACCAGAGUCGAAUCAGUGGAAACUUGUGGGAUCAUGUGAAGGACUGUGCAGUCUAAAUUACUUAAUACCUGCACGUGUUUAGAUAAUAAUAUAUAAAUAACGGCGUUGUAAAUUUUUAUGCAGUCAUGAUCAGACAAUGAUGCUCUUUGUCCGUGCAUUUGAAACGAUUCACUGCAUGACUGCUUUACUAGAGCGUCGAAA